GGUCGUGGUGGUGUACUGGAAGAAGCAAGUGUUUCCUCUGGGCUUGUUUGCUGCAAGGUUUAGUAAAAACAUUUUACUCGUGUAUCUGUCAGGUUAGGCGCCGAACUUAUCGGCGUUUGAUCCUUUUGUUAUGCAUUAUUUGGUUUCUGCAUGCUAAUUUUGCAAUCUAGCUUGGCAGGUGAAUCUAAAUCUGUCUGAAAGCAUAUUUGAAUAUAAUAGGGACACGAAAUUACGAUGCCAUCCCCGAUGGAGGGAUCUUCCAGAGAAGGUGACCUGUUUACUGUGAAACACGAGCUGAAAAAUGCCAACCUGACGGGCCACGUAGAGAGGGUGGGGAUAGAAAACUUUGAGCUAUUAAAGGUGCUGGGUACUGGAGCAUAUGGAAAGGUGUUCCUCGUGAGAAAAGUCAGUGGCCAUGAUGCAGGAAAGCUUUAUGCCAUGAAGGUUUUGAAGAAGGCCACUAUUGUACAGAAGGCCAAGACUGCAGAACACACGCGGACCGAGCGGCAGGUGUUGGAGCACAUUCGCCAGUCUCCAUUCCUUGUCACACUUCACUAUGCCUUCCAAACAGACACCAAGCUGCACCUCAUUCUUGAUUAUGUAAAUGGUGGGGAGCUCUUCACGCACUUGGUGCAGAGGGUGCGGUUUAAGGAGCAAGAAGUAGCCCUGUAUAGCGGAGAGAUUGUCUUGGCACUAGAACAUCUACACGAGCUUGGGAUUGUCUAUCGGGACCUUAAACUUGAGAAUAUUCUACUAGAUUCAAAUGGUCACAUAGUUCUCACAGAUUUUGGCCUUAGUAAAGAAUUUGAUCAGGCUGAAAGAGCUUUCUCUGUCUGUGGCACCAUUGAAUAUAUGGCUCCAGAAAUUGUGGAAGGAGGAGAGUCUGGGCAUGACAAGGCGGUGGACUGGUGGAGCCUCGGCGUGCUGAUGUAUGAGCUUUUGACUGGUGGGUCGCCCUUCACUGUUGAUGGAGAUGAGAACUCGCACACGGACAUUGCCAAGAGGAUUGCCAAAAAAGAUCCUCCUUUCCCUAAAGACAUGGGACCACUGGCCAAAGACCUAAUCCAGCGACUCCUCAUUAAAGAUCCAAAGAAGAGAUUAGGGUCGGGGCCUAAUGGAGCGGAGAAUGUAAAGAAACACCCAUUUUACCAGAAAAUUAACUGGGAGGACUUGGCAGCCAAGAAGGUGCCUGCGCCGUUCAAGCCAGUGAUUCGGGAUGAGCUGGACGUCAGCAACUUUGCAGACGAGUUCACAGAGAUGGACCCCACCUACUCUCCUGCAGCUCUGCCUCAGAACUGUGACCGCAUCUUCCAGGGUUACUCUUUUAUGGCCCCCUCCAUCCUGUUCAAGAGGAAUGUGGUGAUGGAUGACCCUGUCCAGCUGUGUGGGGGUUCUGAAAAGCCAGGCUCAGCUGCGGUGGCCCGCAGCGCCAUGAUGAAGGACUCGCCUUUCUAUAUGAGUUAUGAGAUGGACCUGAAAGAAAGUGCUCUGGGGGAGGGUAGCUUCUCGAUCUGCAGACGGUGCACACACAAGAAGACUGGGCAGAAAUAUGCAGUCAAGAUUGUCAGCAAGAGGAUGGAGGCCCAGACUCAGCGGGAAAUAGCAGCCCUGAAGCUCUGCGACGGUCACCCUAACAUUGUCAAGUUACAUGAAAUUUACCACGAUCAGCUUCACACAUACCUGGUUCUGGAGCUGCUUGGUGGAGGGGAGUUGCUGGAGAGAAUCCGCCGGAAGCAACAUUUCAGUGAAACGGAGGCCAGCCGGAUCAUGCGCAAACUGGUGUCUGCUGUCAGUCACAUGCAUGACGUAGGAGUUGUGCACAGGGAUCUUAAACCGGAGAACCUGCUCUUCACAGAUGAGAGUGAGAACUCUGAGAUAAAAAUCAUAGACUUUGGCUUCGCUCGACUGAAACCACCAGACAAUCAGCUCCUAAAGACUCCCUGCUUCACCCUGCAGUAUGCUGCACCAGAGAUACUCAAAUAUGAUGGCUAUGAUGAGUCCUGUGACCUGUGGAGUCUAGGGGUCAUCCUGUACACCAUGCUGUCCGGCCAGGUGCCUUUUCAGUGCCAGGAGAAGAGCCUGACCCACACCAGUGCUGAAGAGAUUAUGCGCAAAAUCAAACAGGGAGACUUCUCUUUUCAAGGAGAGGCCUGGAGAAACGUGUCCCAGCAAGCUAAGGACCUCAUACAAGAGCUGCUGACGGUCGACCCUAACAAGAGGAUUAAGAUGUGUGGCCUCCGUUACAACGCCUGGCUCCAGGACGACAGCCAGUUGUCCUCCAACCCACUUAUGACCCCAGACAUUCUCGGAUCCUCCACUGCCUCUGUCCACACUUGUGUCAAAGCUACUUUUAAUGCAUUUAACAAAUGUAAGCGGGAAGGGUUCCGCCUCCAGACGGUGGACAAGGCGCCUCUAGCCAAGAGGAGGAAGAUGAAAAAAACAAGUACCAGCACAGAGACCCGCAGCAGUUCCAGCGAGAGCACCCAUUCCUCCUCCUCCUCCUCCCAGUCACAGGAGAAGACUUUUCAAGAGGGAGACCCCAAUCGACAGCACUCUAACAUCACUCCUGUCAUCACCCCUGUCAACACACCGGUGCCCUCCGGAACAGAUUCUGGGCACCAGCCAGCACCUCCAGCCUUUCCCUUUUCAGAAGGACAGUAAGACAGCCUGAGGAGAAUCCUAUUCAGACAGUUGGGUCUGAAAAAAGAAGAAGAAGUUUGGCUUGGACUAGUAUAGAGACAUCCUUCUUCUUUCUCUCUGCCUCUGGCUCAAUUGCAUGGAUGUCAGCACGUCUCUAGAACCAAGCAUGCAGCAGGAGCAGCACUGUCACCUCUAUAUCAAUCAAUCAAUCAAUCAAUCAAUCAAUCAAUCAAUCAAUCAUCACUAGCAAUAGCCUAUCCUAUCUUUUGCUCUGACUUUCUCACACAGACUAUCAAUCAGGGACUGGACCAGGAAGAAGUGUCACCAGUGUCCUAAAAGAAAAGGGCUGCCCUACUGCCCCCGGUCCAGAAAAUGGAGAGACAUCUUCAGUCUCGUCAUUAAAUCACAACAUCUGUCCUCUCCUUUUCUGUCUUUGUCCGAGUUUUUAGAGAUUUAAAGGGAAAGUCAGCGUUUACACCACGGAUGCUUUGUAAUUUCUGUCAAAAGGAGAGAGAAACAAAAGGCCACAUGCCAGAGGAUAAUCUUACGUCUCUGCUAUACGGAGCAGCUUAUUUAUAUGUGAAUUUUGCAGACUGAAAUUUAUUUAUGAUAAGCUAUAUUAUUAACUUAUUUAUGGUUCAUUAUGAUCUGAAAAGAAAUAAUGGAUACAGUGAGACUAAAAAAAGAAGAUAUUUUGUGUAUGUGUGUGUGUGUGUGUUUUCCUAUCAGCUCAAAAAACUUUCCAUAUAGUCAAAUGGUCUUUCAUAUAUCUUUCUAGUUAAACACAUCAAAGAGUCUAGUAGGUCAGUUUUAGUUUGUUUUGUAUACAUCGUAAGAGUCAAAGUCAUGAAACCAGAGUUCUUUAUAGGUACUGCUAAUUAUUUAAGGUGAAUUUUAAGAUUGAUAUUUGUUUAGUGGCUUAAAAAAAUAUUUCCUGAUUCAUAUAAAAGAUGAAAAUGUGUGCACAUCUCUUUGUAAGAACCAAAUGUGGAUGUAGUAUGUUCAGCCAAAUCUGUGAUUUUAUCAUUGUAUGGCGAGUACCGCUGCCUGAGGCAGUGCAACCUGACUAGAACAGCUAUAUUUAGACUUUUUUUUGUCUCUUAUGUGGGAGUAUGGCUACUGCCGGACAGCAUUGCUGCUGUUCCAUGUGGUCUGAUCCUGAAGUCAGUAUUUAGCCCAGCAGUAGAGACCUAAUUGUCUCAUUAUCACUACAACCAAUUGGAUUGAGCAGAAUGUCCCAAAUGGAAAAUGAAGAUCAGCUUAGCGUAAGGGUUGAAUGCGUCAAGUAGUUUGAGAUUUGAGCCUUCUUGGAACCAAGAUGCCUGAGGGCAGUUUCAAGUGACCUCUUUUUUUUUUUCUUUUAGAUUAAAAAAUAUUAAUUAAAGGAAGGCUUAUGUGCCAAACUGCAUUUGAAUGGUAAUGUUUGCGUUUAAAGACGGUCAGACACUAGGACAUUUGGAGACAAUGUAGAGCAAAAGUAGCCCCGUUUUGUCUUCAGUCAUAAAACUACUGCAAAAUGCCUAACUUUGAUGAUUACAAGUUGUUGAGCACAAACUAGGGAUGCACUGAUUGAUUAUAUUAGCCAAAUGUUGGUAUCUGGCUGUUGUGGGCCUUGUUGACUCAUUUCAGCAAUUAAAAAUGUCUGAUGUGCGAAUCAUAUCAGUGUUUAACUGGCUUAUUGUUCAAGGAUAGUGUGAUGAAGCGUUGAAAGACUUCAAGUUCAGUUAUGCUUAUUUAUAGUGAAGAUUUCUUUGCUUCCCUGGAACAGAAGGUGGAAUAAGUACGGGAAAAAAACACAUCAGAAUUUGCCAGUCGGCCCAGAACUUAACAAUCAGCGCAUCCCUACCACAUGCUUCUUUUUACUAUUGAUGCCGUCCUUGCUCUAUUUACCAUGUUGUACUGCAUGACUGAAAAGGUGAUCUUUGCACUGUGUGACAGCUCGCACUUUGAGGCAGAUAUCUUGUUAGUAUUAGGUCCCCAGUGCAUGAUAUGACCCGAAACAUCAACCACUUCCUUUAUUUGCCUUUGUGGGCUUUUUUGGGGGGCAGAUUCUUACUUGAUUUAAUGUGAGUUUGUUUACUUGCUUAACCGAUUUUCAAUUCGGGACUUUUACUGUUUAAAAUUGUGAUGGAUGUACCAAAACCCCUCGUUACAGUAGCCUAAAUAUUGUAAUAUCCCAGUGUUACAAUUCUGGUGUUAGUUGGGAUAGUUAGGGGGAAAAAAUGCCAUGCUCUGUUAACUGUUUUUUUUUUUUUUUUUUUAAAAUUGUGUCUUUGUCUGUUUCCAUUGUAAUAACUGAAAUACUGUAUUUUGCUGUUGUGUGGGGUACUUGGUGAUCCGUAUGUGAAGCUACCUAGAAUCAGAUCCUCCUGCUCAGCCAGGAUACAGAUUUUCAGUUGGACUACUGUGUGCAUUUAAACACACGCUGUCAUCCUCUUCCAUUUUUACUCUGAAUCAGAACCAAAGCAUUAACUUCAAGGUAGCUGCUUUAAGCUGCAUGAGACAUUACCUUUCAUGCAAAUAUGCAAAGAAAUGCUUCAUAUAUCACAUUUUCUGUUUGUUCGGAUUUCUUUUUCUUGGUCCAUUCAAUGAACGAUAUUUUUUAGUACAGAUGAUUUUUUUAACAGCACACAAUGUGUUUUCUUCAGCGAUUCUUUAUGGAAUCAAUAAUAUCAAUACCCAGCACAUUAUCAUGCUUAAAUCUAUGCAUCUCUUUUACACUUUUGUGUUGCUUGUUUUGCCAUUUCACAAAGACCUCAUUGAAUGGGUUUAAGCAGAGUGCUUAAAAUGUUGUAACAAAAUUUCUAUACAUUGAUCGUCUACAACACCAAAUAUUGUGUAAUGUCCACCUUGUGCCAGAAGAAACAACUCUGACAUGUUGCAGAACAGACAUGAGAUGCUGUUAGUUUCUGGGACCGGACAGAUGGACUGCUGUCAGUCAUUUUGGAGACCAGUUUAAGACCUUGGGCUCUUGCUCAUGUUUUUUGUGUAAUUUUUGUGGUGUGGCAAUGUGCACUGUCCUGCUGGGAAAAGCAGUUAUUUUGGUGGGAAGCGUACGGCGAAGGAACAUCCACACGAAUGGCGCGAUCCAAGGUUUCUCAGCAGAACAUUGCAGAGAGUGUUUUUAAUGUUGUGGCUGAUCAGUGUGUACUGUACUUUUACUCCCAUAACGUCAGCCACUGUAGAAAUGGAACAGAUGGAAAAGAUUCCCAGUAUGAAAAAGCUGGAAUCCUUGGAGCUAAACACUACAAAGCUCUCGUCUAACUUAGUUCGCAUGAGUUCCCCGUUGCUGCCUCAUUAAGCCUCUUUUCUUUUGUUUGGGUGUAUUAAUAGCUCAAGUGGAGGAAGAGGAAGAGUGUCCUAUAUUGAGCUCCCCUCUGGGAGCCAGGCUCUAUUAGCUGAUGUGCUGAAGUGCUGUUUGUUCCAAAGAAAAUACCGUACUCUACUCACUGCCUCUGUGGGACCCAGUUCACUUUCUUUGUAGGGAAAAUAACAGUGCAGCACAGGAAAGGGUUGGUUUAGUAUCAACAUCUCUUGGGGCUGAUUUCCAAACUAGGCUUUCCUUCUUUUGAUGAACAUCUUGUUCAUUGUGCCACCACGAGGAAGAGAGACAGAGGGAGGCCGGUUCUUACUUUAGGCCUUGUUGCCUUUGAUACAUGAUGUUGUCAGUUCCCUGAAAUUUUAACGAAAGUUCCUUUUCUGCCUACAGUGCUUCCUCGUUUCUAAGCCUGAAAGCGUCACACCUAAUGAUGCUAAACCUUUUUAGCAUUUUUCCAACACUUAAUUAGAGGGCUGGUAGUUUGAAUUGUUUUGUGUAAACCAGCGACUGCUGUUGUACAUUUUAGUCAGAGAAAUUGGCUUGGGAUGUUGCGGUGUGCUUUUAGUGCUCCGGUCCAUGAAGCCACGCAUGGGAUUAAGACACUAAGAGCAGCGUUGAGUGACAUCUUGUACUGAUUCUCAGUAUGGUGCUCUUGUGCAUGUGUUGUUUGUGAACGUCGAACAUUUUGGACACACCUUGCAGCUAGUGUGGUUCUUUUUUGUCAACAUUAAGGACGUGAACAGUACUGUGCAAGAGUCUUGAGCCAAGCUUCAUUUCUCUAUAUUUUGCCAGGAUAAUUGGAAAUAUGUGCAGUGAAUUAUCGGACACAUGGAAACUUACUUGGAAAUACAGUAUAUAAGCAAAAUCAGAGUUUGUACAAAAUGUUUCAUUGUAUGAUCUUUCUUGUAUGAUCUUACCACAUUAACAGUGUGUUUGGGGAUCAUUGUCAUGCUGAAACUUGAAACCAGUGCCGAUAAGAUGCUUUUUGUUUUUGCAUGGUGGAUAAAAUCUGAUGCUACUUUUCUGCAUUCAUGAUUCCAUCAGUUUUGAAAAGAUCGCCAACACCACUUGCUGAAAUCAAACCCAAAACAAUGACUGAACCUUCACUGUGUUUUACAGAUGGCUGUAAAGACUGUUGUACCUCUCUCCUGACUUCCAAAAUGUUAAAAUUUGGAUUCAUCACUCCAUAAGACCUUCCCACUUAUUUUUAGUCCAGUACUUGUAUAGUUGACACACCUCAGUCUUUUCUCCCAGUUUCCCUCCUUUAAGAGUGGUUUCUUUAGUCACUAUUCAUUUGAGAUCAUUUCUAAUGAUCAACUAAAGGACCAGAUGUCUAUCUCAGGUCCUGUGUUAGGUCUUUGUUGGAUUUUUCUUUUUUCUUGUCUAAAAAAUGAAUGAAAAAGCAGCCAGUGUCCACAGACCAACUUUUAGAAAGAUUACAGAACUUUUGCUCUAGAAAAUGUUAAAAAAGUUAAAAGAAAGUAUGUUUCCUUGGAAGCAAAAUACAAAGAAGUGAUGGGUGACUCAAGACAUUUGGAUUGGUCACUGCCGUAUGUAUGGAGCUGUCCAAGGUGCUGAAGUGCUCAAACUAUCAGUUGUUUGAGAGAAGUGUAAUAGUGUGAUCCUUUAAAAUGAGCAGGCAUACAUGAUUGUUAAGUGGCUCAACUAAUCCACAGAAAAAGUGCUUCAAAACAAACAAAAUCUCCCGCUAUGGCUAAUGAUAAGUAUAUUUAUUGAUACAAUUUAGAGCACUUCCAAGUAAGGCAGAGCUUUCAUCAGUCAUGAGUCAGGUGUAGCAGCUUUGAUCAAGAGCGAGAAAAGAAAGUGAAUGGAUAAAAUGUCCAGCUUUGCUAUGCUUCUGUGUUGUAGAUGUUUAUAUCAAAGUCUAAAAUACUUCAAUCAGUGUCUGAACAUGUAAUCUCUGCGUGGCAAAAGCUCAGACUUCAGACCGCUCUAAAUUCUUGUUUUUUUUUGUUUUUGUUUUGGUCUAUCGGUCUUUGAACCUGACAUUUUAUGAUGUCAGUGAGAUCAGAUAUCCCAGAUAUGGGCAGCCAAUCAACAGAAAGUUGUCUUAAAGGGAGCGGGAAGGGAGAAAAGCUCAGUAUAUGAUAAAAAAAGAGAUUAAUUUGAAAGGUGAAUCAUGCAAAGGCACCCUGGUAGUGUCCACAAAUGGCACUACUGAGAUAAAAAUGACCUAAUACGCUCCACUUUGGAUACAAAUAAUGUAAUUAAUAAUGUUAAAUAACAUCCAGAAUCAUUUUAGCCAGGAAAUGAAAUAUGUGAACUUUUUUUUGUUUUAAUUUGGGACUAUAUACUAACAGUUACUUUGAUUAAAAGUAUUCAACUACUACUACACUGAUAUCUCUGGGGCAGUGACAGCCAUAUGUAUAUAUACCCCCCUUACAGUUCAGCCUUUUUAAAAGCAAGUGGUCAGCUACAAAGUGGCCUUGCUGAGCUACACUUACCUGCAUGAGGACGUGUUCUCUUGCGUUAAUUUAUUUGACUCAGCAAGUGUUGCUCUAUGUAAAGUUGGUAACAGAUAUUAAUGCUUCCACAUCCAUGGGUUGUAAGGAAUGUAAAGGCAUCAUCCUCAUCAUCGUCGUCAUCAUCAUUUUCGUCACCAGUGCAGCCAUCAUGCAUGUGCUGAUGUUGCUUGAUUCCUGUCAAUCUUUCUGUUCUUAUCAAAACUUGUCCAAACGUACUGUAGCAGUGAAUCCCUUUGAGAUUGGUCAAUAGUAAACUGGUUUAAAACACAACAUCAAGCUUUAAGGGCAAAACUUUGCACUUACAUGUUGAUUUAGUCACGCAUAUGUUGCAGGAAAAAUGUCCUGUUUUGUGCAGGUUCAAAUGUUUCUCAUAUUUCUGUUUCUCUUGAUGGUUGUUGUCAGAUAAUUCUAAGAUAAAAUAAACCUCAGCAGUAGUACUUUUUAGAUACGGCGAGGAGACACCAUGUGCAUACAUGCUUCUUAAGGCACUGUGAAAAUCAUCCUUCAGGACUUUUGGGCACACCGUCGAUAGUAUGAGGGGGGAAAAAAACCUCGAUUUGCUUCAAUAAAUGCUUUACGUGCUAGCUGAAGACAUGUGUAUGUUUGAUAAUCUGAUACCAGUAAUGAGUCUUUUAAUAGAUCCUCUGCUUCAUUGUAUUUUUAAGUGUUUACGUCAUUAAUGAAGAUAUUUUGUGAUACCAGGAUUUGUGUGUAUGAGUUGUCAAAAAGACAAUAAAUGUACGAUUUCCUGUUCAUUUGAUGAUUUUUAUUUUAAUAAAUUAGGUGUGAACAUGUCAUGUGGACA